AUGGAUAAGUCAGUCUUGGAGGUUUUUCACAAGUUUGACUCAGAUGGCUCCGGUGCUAUCAGCCGAGAUGAGCUUGGGGAGGUCCUGAAGUCUCUCCAAGAGGAGCCAUGGGAGGACGAUCAGAUUGACGCCUUGCUGACUGCGGCGGACGCCAGCGGCGAUGGCGAAUUGCAAGUGGAGGAGUUUGUGAAGUGGGUCUUCGCCACAGAUCAGGAGAUCUCUGAGACCGUCAAGGGCACCUAUACCAUCAAGGUCUCAGGCUGCUCGCGGGAGGAGUUCAACGGAGAUUACGUGCAACAAGAAGGAGAGUUUUACUACCGCAGGCCGAUCUUCUUUUGUGCCGAGCAGGAGAAAUACCUCUUCUACCACGGGAAGAGGGAACAGUGGCAGAUCUUUGGGAGGACAGGCAGCAAAGCCUCCUGUCGCUUAAAGACCACGCGUAGCGUCACAGUGCCGGGAGAAGGGAUGACAUGGGCCGUGUGGAAGGCCAAGAAGGAUAGCGGAAAGAAAACGUUUCUGCGAGAGCCUUCGAUGACAGUCGUGGCAGAUGUUGGGAAGAAGCCGAGCGCGGAGGAGCUACUGCGGAAGGCAGAGGAUUGCGUGAAAUUCGACGAGAUCUACUUCAAGAAGGUAGAUGGCCAAGUCUUAGGCGAUCGUGCAGUUUACCGCCAAAAGAAGGGAGAGGAUUGGGCCGAUAUGUACCUCUUCUAUGAGGGCCCUGAGACUCGUUGGAAGCGUGGCACGGAGCCCAAGAUCGGCGAGCCCUCCUUGAACGUCUCCAGGGUCACCGAUGUGCCCUCCCCAGAGCUCGCGAUUUGGAUGGACGAGAUGUUCGGCGGGCGCAUUGACGUCAUCGCUGUGGACACGGAUGGGUUGCCUAAUACUGUGCACAAAGGCUUGAAGCUGAAUCGCAGCAUUCCAGAGGGAUGGCACGACCCCGAGUUCGAACACAACAAAGCCUCCAUUGGAACCAAGGCCUCCAAGAAUAUGGGUUCUGCCGCAUGGCACCGAGCCUUGGCAUUGCAUCCUGCUCCCGUGCUCUUCGCCGAUGUGGCACCGUCAGAUGUUUGCCAAGGGCGAGUCGGCAACUGUUGGCUGGUCGCAGCGAUCUCUGCAGUCGCCGAGUUCCCCAAGUACCUCAAGGGCAGCGUCUUCAUCACCAAAAAGGUCUCCAAGGAGGGAAAGUAUAUCGUGAAACUCUAUGAUGGGCGAAAGUUCAGCUGGGUGGGCAUUGAAGUGGAUGAUUAUUUGCCUUGCACAUCCUGGGGUGGAGACACUCCAUCACUCCUCUUCGGGAAGAUUAGUGAAGGUAAGCUGUGCUGGCCGAUUCUUGAGAAGGCCUUUGCAAAGCUCUAUGGCAGCUACUCCCAGCUGAGUGGUGGUUACCAGUGGGUGGCCUGGCACCACUUGACAGGCUGCAAGGAAUUCUUCAUGUUCACGCACAAGUAUGGUGUGGCGGUAAGAUGGGUGGUGGCCACCAGCGCUGGCAUCCCCGUCUAUUCCGACAAGAGGCGAUCGAAAAAGCUGGGAGUGUUGGCGGAAGGAGCUCACUUUCACGAAGUGCAGAGGAUUGGAUCUUGGAUCCGCUAUAAGAAGGCCGAUGGUGAUGGACCGGACUCGGGGUGGCUUUCUUACUACAUGUCUGGUGUGAGAGUGGCGACGCGUGAUCCGGUGAGUGCCGUGAGCUUUUCGACCUUCAAAGGGACCAUCGACCCACGCUACGUGACUGAGUGCGUGGGUGGAGAUGAAGGAAGCCCAGGGAAAGGCCAAAGUUGCUGCGUGAGCUACAGUUGGUGCGAGUCCUCCAACGCAGAGCAGAUGUGGCAUCGGUUGAUGAACUAUGACAAAGGGAACUAUCUUAUGGCCUGCACAGCCACUUACUGCAAACAGGAGACCGAUUGUGGCAUGGUCCACAAACACGCCUACAGCUUGCUCCAUGCGGUGGAGAUUGGUGGCUUCAGGCUGGUGGCCUGUCGAAACCCUUGGGGCACCGACGCAGAGUGGAAUGGCCCCUGGAGCGACCGGAGUGCGGAGUGGCGGGCGCACAAGGACAUCGCCGAUGCCUUGAAGGUGGAUUUCCAGACGGAUGGCAUUUUCUGGAUGGAUUACGAGGAUUGGCAGUUCAUCUUCGGACAAGUCAGAGUCAUGAACUGCCAAAUGCCCUCUACACGUGGAGCCUUUAAGAACACCUUCGUGGACACUGACGAAGACGGAGACGGAGAUGAUACAGUCAUCAUUCAUGACGAGGAAGAUGAUGAAGACUACUACGGCCAGAUUGUUGGCUGCUGGGGACUUGGACCUUGGCACCAACCAACGAAGAUGGAGGAGGGUAUCCCCAUCAACCCAGGUCAAAGCAAGGUGACCUUCAAGAAUGUGCCUGCAUAUUUGAAUGGCUACACCUACUUUGGCCUGAAGGAGUAUGAGAGGCCAGACAACUGGAUGAUUGAAUAUUACCCUCCGGUGAAGAUCUACAUUUGGCUUAUGGUGGACAACACCAACUCCUUGGACUUGGUGAUGCUCCAACCCUCUCAAGGAUGGACUCAAGAGCCUGCGGAUGGCUUUCAAACCAGUGAUGGGUACGACUUGAUGGUCUUGAGCAAGGUCUUUCACGAGGGCAAGUACACCGGGCUUCGUUCCACCAGUAACUUCGUGGGUGGCGCGAUUGGUGCGCAACCGCCGCCCAAGCUGCCGAAGAGCCCUGACAGCGGGGACGAUGUGGUGGAGGCGGCUGUUGGAGAGCCGAUAAGCAUGGGCACCGUCACAGAGUGCACGGGGCUGGAUAUCGAAUGGAAUGCCGGCGAAUUGAUGACUGAAGGCACCUUAGUGAAUCCGGGCGACCGUGAUUACGUCUUCGAGAACGUCCCAGAAUUCCUGGCCGGUGGCUGCUACAUUGGCACUAGGACUUGGCCCCAGGCUGGUACCUGGACCAUCAAGUUCCAGGCUCCAGUCAAGCUGUAUGUGUGGAUCGAGCAAGGACAGUACAAUGCUGGAGUCGACGAUGCCUUGAGUGGAGAUGGUUGGAACAAGGAGGAACCGGGCGACUUUCAACGCCGUGGGAAGAAUGGCGUAAAUCCCUUGGGCUUGUGGAGCAGGUUUUUCCCUGAAGGCGAUUCCUACAGCAUCGAGACGACCAGCCUCAUGGUGGGCGGAGUCAUUUCCAAGGCCCCGGAAACCGACUGA